AUGGCGAAAACAGAAGUCAGUAAGAAAAAGACCUCAGCUGCUCCGGCUGCGAAGAUAAAGAAGGAGCCGGUCAAGAAGGCAGCGCCGAGGGUAAAGAAGCCUAGCAGGUCGCAGGAGAGGGUGGUCGACAGCGAGAGCGAGGGCGAGGGCGAGGGCGAGGGCGAGGGCGAGGGCGAGUCUGAGAGCGAGUCCGAGUGCGAGGAGGAGGCAACCCAGCGGAGUACGGCGACGACUACAACUGCUCCGACCGAGACUGAGGAGGAGUCUGAGUCUGGCAGCGGCGAGACCGCGUCCGAAUCCGAGUCCGGCUCCGAAGAAGAAGAAGACGAAGAAGAGCUCGCCUCCUCCGCAAAGCUUCCCAAGGGUAGCUACAAGUACGCGCCCCCGCCCGAGUUUAAGCUCGUCCCGCCCGGUGGUGGUUCGAACCCGUUUUCCGCGGCGAAUCUGAACGGCAAGGAGCUGUGGUUCAUUACGGCGCCGUUGGCGGCGCCGCUGAGUAAGGUUGACAGGAUCAAUCCUGCGGACAUUGCGGAGGGGUUGCCGGUGCUGAUGACGAGUUCGGGGAGGAGCUAUUGUCUGAAGACGAAGGAGGAGGAGGAGGAGGAGGAGGGUGGAGGAGGGGUGGGGCUGUUUGUGGCUGAUGGGAAGGGGAGGUAUAAAUUAGCGGGGAAGCAGAUUUCAAAGAGCUUUCAGAUGGUGGAGGCGCUGCCGACGGGGAGAGAGGUCACAGAGGAGAUGAUUAAGAGUAAGCCGGUGAAGCAGCAGCCGGAGGGAUUGAAGAUGAGGUUUAAGCCGAUUGGCUUUGAGGGGGAGAUUGAGGGCGAUGGAAACGUUGAGAUGAGGGACGUGUCGCUUGAGGUGCGGCCCGCGAGAGAGGUUGCUCGUGAGGAGGGAGAGCACAAGAAGAAGAAGAGGAGGACGCACGACGACAAGGAGGGGAGGAAGGAGAAGAAACAUAGGAGGAGGAGUAAGGAGUAA